AUGAAAAAAAUUCAAAAACAAACUAUUAAGCUUAGAAAUUAGCAACAAUCCCUUUAAAAUUAAUACGAGGAUCAUAUCAGUUCAAGGGAACAUUAAUUGAGUCAAAAUAAUCUUUCAAAUGUUGAUGCCAUUCCAUAAGCAUAAUAAGACUAGUAAAAUAUAGAACAACAAAUUGAUUAAAAUAGAAUUCGACGAUGUAAAAGUAGAUCUUGGCACAAAAGGCUAGAUUGCCGUGUUAAUCACUCAGAAAUGAAGGAAGGGAGGUUUUCAAAACAAGAGGUAGACUGCAUUAUGAAGGUUGUCAAUGAAUAUCUAUUGUAAAACAAUCUCAGUAAUUAGGAUCUAUAGGAGUACAUUGAGUUAAAGUCGUUUGGACUCUCUAAGAUAUGGCUCACUAUUGCAAAAUAAAUACCCAAUAGAAGUGUUGAUUCAAUUUAUAAGUUGAUUCGCAGGAAAUAUGAUAGCAACAACCGACAUGGCUAUUGGAGUUAGAAUGAAGAGGCAGAUUUGAUUAAGUAUGUCUAAUAAUACGGAAGAAAGUGGAGGGAAAUCAGUAAGCAUUUUAAUCGGACACCUGACAAUAUCAGAACAAAAUAGGAGAAUUCUUAAUAU